AAUACAAGAUGGACGUAUUUUCUUCAUCGUCCAAUUACGGUUUUUGCUUUAUUUUUUGUUCGUGAAAAGUUUUUGAAGCCAACGGAAAACAGUACAAUAGCAAGUAAGGGUUUUUGUAAAAAAUCUAUCAGUUAACAAUUCAUUGCAAAAAGCUCCAAACAACGAAUCGUGUUGUUUUCUACAAUCAAUUUUUCUUGGCAUUGCUACGCCUUUGCGGAUUUUUUCCAAUAAGCGUGAACACAGGUGCGCGCGUGUGUUCAGCAGUAAACGGCAGUUUUUUGUUUGGUGAAAAAUCGAAGUUUAUUACGCCGCUGCAUUGGCUCUGCUGGCUCAACGGUAUGUGUUUCUGUUAUUUGUGUAAGUGAAAAUCGUGAACUCGAAAAAUAAGUUUGUCGGCACAAAUAGCUCAGUGCAAGAUAAGUCUGUAUUUUGUAAAAAAAAAAAAAAACAAAGAAAACUCGUCCAAAUAACGGCUGCAUCUUCACGUAGAUUGGAAAACACAACAUCUAGAAGAUAGUUGAGCGCAGCAUUGCAACUGAAGCUACACAAAUAAUAUCGACGCAACAAAAGACGGUUGAAACUCAGAGCCGACAUCGUAUAAUCGUAACACACGCAUACUCAUCUAAUCUACGCGUGUAGAAUCCUAAAAAAGGAAACAAAAUAUUCAGCGAUUUCUACAGCUUCACAGCAGCAUACCCGUCCUUGUUUCUUUCGGCUAAUCAAUAUAUCUGUAUUCUGCCGCAAUGACUGAGGAUACAGAAUAUAAAAAAUUGCCCGUCGACGAGCGUUGCGUACAUAAAUUGUGGAAGGCUCGUGUCGAUGGCUAUGAAGAAGCGGCGAAAAUAUUUCGUGAAAUCGACGAUGAAAAGUCUUCAGAAUGGAUGAAAUUUAUGGGGCUCAUCAAAAAGAUGGUCGCCGAUUCCAAUGUUGUCGCACAAGAAAAAGGUCUCGAGGCGGCACUCAUAUUUGUGGAGAAUUGUGGUCAAGCCGGCAAAACGGUGGGCGAUGUAAUGGCUAGUAUUGUACAGAAAUGCAUUGCAGCACCUAAGGCCAAAACCAAAGAUCUCGCUGUGCAAGUGACGCUUAUGUAUAUUGAAAUUGAAAAACAUGAGGCUGUGUUAGAGGAGCUCAUCAAGGGCAUGGAACAUAAGAAUCCUAAGAUUGUUGUUGCUUGUGUUGCGGCUACAACAUUGGCGCUGCAUGAUUUCGGCAACAAGGUAGUGGGUGUAAAACCAUUGAUUAAAAAACUAGCGCCUCUAAUGAGCGAUCGUGAUAAAAGCGUGCGUGACGAAGGUAAACAAUUGGCCGUCGAGAUUUAUCGCUGGAUUGGCGCUGCAAUGAAACCACAAAUCACUUCAUUGCCACAAGUCACACUGAAAGAAUUGGAGGAUGAGUUCGAUAAACUUAAGGGAGAAAAGGCUGAACCAAUAAGAUAUUUAAAAUCACAACAGGAAAAACAACAGCAAAUUUCUGCUGCCGCGGCGGAGCAGGAUGAUGCAGGCGAUGAUGACGAUGGUGAAGGUGAAGAAUUUAUCGCUCCCAUGGACCUCAUCGAUCCCGUGGAUAUACUCUCAAAAAUGCCCAAAGAUUUCUAUGAGAAAUUGGAAGAAAAGAAGUGGACGCUUCGAAAGGAAUCGUUGGAAGCGCUCGAAAAACUUUUGACAGAGAACCCUAAAUUGGAGAACGGCGAAUACGGCGUGCUGGUGAAUACACUGAAGAAAGUCAUCACAAAAGACAGCAACGUUGUGCUGGUCGCAAUGGCCGGCAAGUGCUUAGCAAUGUUAGCUAACGGUUUGGGCAAACGUUUCGGCACAUAUGCAAUGGCCUGCGUUCCUUCGCUCUUGGAAAAAUUCAAAGAAAAGAAAGCCAAUGUUGUUGCGGCUCUGCGUGAGUGCAUGGACGCCAUCUACCCAUCGACGAGCCUGGAAGCAAUGCAGGAGAGCAUUGUCGAAUCAUUGGGUAAUAAAAAUCCAAGUGUCAAAUCGGAGACGGCUUCCUUUCUUUCACGCGCAUUUGCACGCACUCAACCUACUGCAAUCAAUAAGAAAUUACUCAAAUUACUUGUAACCACAUUGAUAAAAACGUUAAAUGAGCCUGAUCCUACAGUGCGAGAUGCCUCAGCUGAAGCUUUAGGCACAUUGCUUAAGUUAAUGGGUGAUAAGUCUGUGGGUCCAUUCCUGGUUGAGGUGGAUGCACUUAAAAUGGCCAAAAUCAAGGAGUGCCAGGAGAAGGCUGAGAUUAAGGUGAAGGUGGUUGGUGUCAAAAAAGAACGUCCUGCUACUGCGCCUACUUCGAAAGCAUCUGUAGCAGCUCAAUCUUCAGCCGGCAAUGCUGCUUCUGGGGCGUCUUCACGGAGCGGUUCUUCGGAACCGAAAGCAGCAUCUCGGCCUGCGACGGCAGGCAGCAAAAAGCCAGUGAUGAAACGAGCUGCCGGCGGCGGAGGUGGAGGCGGUGCGCCACUUGCUAAAUCUGCUAGCAGCAGCAAAGUCUUGGCCACUGAGCGUGAAAUGUCAUUGGAAGAAAUUCAAGCGAAAGCAGAGGAAUUGUUGCCGGCCGAUGUGCUGUCUGGUUUGAUUGAUUCCAAUUGGAAGAAUCGUUUGGCCGCUUGUGAGAAUCUUUUGCAAAUAAUUGGUGAUUUUGAUACAAGGCAAGCGGGCGUAUCUCAAAUACUUGUGCGCACGAUAAGUGCACGGAAACCGGGCUUGAAGCAGGAAAUGAAUUUCCAAGUUCUAAAACAUAAGCUAGACAUUAUACGUAUUGUCGCUGAAACUUACCCACUUACAACAACCACAAUUGAUCUGGUCGUCAAUGAAGUCACUGAAAAGUUGGCUGAUAUUAAGAAUGGCGCAACUGCAACCGAUGUGCUAACAGCAUUCGCUGAAGCAACCAAAUUGGAGCAUAUAAUGGUACGAGUACUUGCUUUCGCCUUCGACCAAAAGUCACCAAAAGUACAAUCUGAGGCUUUGAAUUGGGUGAACAAGGCCAUACUGGAAUUUGGCUUCCAAUUUCAACCCAAACUACUACUUGAUGAUGCACGCAAAGCAGUACAAAGUACAAAUCCCACUGUACGCGGCGCAGCUAUUUCUCUACUGGGCACAAUGUCUAUGUACAUGGGCAGCACAUUAAUGAUGUUCUUUGAUAGUGAAAAACCAGCACUGAAGUCACAAAUUCAAACAGAAAUGGAUAAAAAUGCAGGCGAAAAGCCACCAAAACCAAUACGUGGCGUUAAGAAAUCUGCUGCCAGUGCUGCUGCUAACGUUGGUGAUGCCGACGAUGAUGCGUGCGAUGAUGAAGAACAGCAGGAGCAAGUGAAUUUGGCUGAUAUGUUACCACGUAUUGACAUCGCACCACAGAUCACCGAAUCUUUAUUAAAAGAGAUGUCCGACAAAGACUGGAAGACUCGCAAUGAAGGUCUAAAUAAGCUGCAAGCUAUUAUCAGUGACGCCAAAUUGAUUAAACCAACAAUUGGUGACUUAGCGCCAGCCCUAGCGCUUCGCCUUUUUGACUCAAAUGCAAAAAUUGCACAAACCGCUAUGUCCAUUUGUGAGCAGAUGGCCAAUGCUAUGGGUUCAGGCUGUAAAAAUCAUGUGCGUACACUAUUUCCUGGUUUUCUACAUGCGCUGGGCGACAAUAAGCCAGCAGUGCGUGCCGCAGCAUUAAGUUGCAUCAAUAGUUUUGGUGAAAAGGGCGGCUACAAGGAGUUUUUCGAAAGUGAAAUGAUUGCCGAUGCACUGAAGACUGGUUCUCCGGCUCUAAAAUCGGAGCUCUGGGGAUGGCUUGCCGAGCAUAUGCCACUAUUGCCUCCUAAAUCGAUACCGAAAGAGGAACUAACAUCAAUGGUACCACAUUUGUAUGCACACGUCUGUGAUCGAAAUGUGGAUGUACGAAAGAAUGCCAAUGAGGCAGUGUUGGGCAUAAUGAUACAUCUUGGUUUCGAAAAUAUGGUAAAAGCACUUGAUAAGCAAAAACCGGCAUCUAAAAAGGAUAUACAAGCGGCACUAGACAAAGCACGCCCUAAUCUGCCUGUUAAACCGUUACCAAAAGGCAAACAGCAGGCCCCCAUCGAGGAGCCAGUGAAGAAAGUGGUACGUGGUGGGGGCGGGGGUGCACAAAAGAGCGCUGCUGCAAAGAGUGGUGCUUCAGGUGCGGUUGAUAAACCAGCUAGCAGCUCGUCGCGUAAAAAGGAUGAUGAUAUUGAUACAUCACCACUAUUGGCAGUGAAUAAUUCCAAAAAUCAGCGACUCAUUGAUGAACAGAAAAUGCGUGUACUAAAGUGGACAUUCACAACCCCACGCGAGGAAUUUAUAGAGCUGUUACGCGAGCAAAUGACCACGGCCAAUGUAAACAAAGGACUAAUGGCUAACAUGUUUCACGAUGACUUUAGGUAUCAUUUAAAAGUCAUAGAGGCUUUGAACGAAGAUUUGCCCAACAACAGCAAAGCAUUAGUCUGCAAUCUGGAUUUGAUAUUAAAAUGGCUUUCGUUGCGUUUUUAUGAUACAAAUCCUUCAGUUCUGUUGAAGGGCCUUGAGUAUCUGAAUCAGGUUUUCCAGACAUUGGUCGAAAUGGAGUAUAUAUUAGCUGAAAACGAAGGUAGCGCAUUUAUACCACACUUGCUGCUAAAGCUCGGCGAUCCCAAAGAUGCGGUGCGCGUUGGAGUACGCUCAUUACUACGUCAAAUAUUGCUUGUUUAUCCCUAUACAAAAGUAUUUGCCUAUGUUAUGGAUGGUCUUAAGUCCAAGAAUGCACGUCAACGUACCGAGUGUUUAGACGAACUUGGUUAUUUAAUUGAAAACUAUGGCUUAACGGUAUGCCAACCCUCACAACAAGUAGCGCUGAAAGAAAUUGCGCGACAUAUUUCCGAUCGCGAUAAUUCUGUGCGUAAUGCUGCAUUGAAUUCUGUUGUACAAGCAUAUUUCUUGGCUGGCGAGAAGGUUUACAAGCUAAUUGGACAAUUAAAUGAAAAAGACUUGUCUAUGUUGGAUGAGCGUAUAAAACGUGCUAAGAAGACUCGAAAGCCCGCAGCAGCUCCGGCCGACACAACAACUACAGCUGGUGUGGGCGGUGGUGCGGGUGCUGUCAAAUCGGGCGCACAAGUAGUGCAGCAAGAUAGCAUGGAAAUUGAUGAACCUUCAACGAAUGGAAUAAGCGAUGAACUACCGCCACCCGACGAGCAGCCAAUGCCAGCUGCAAGUGUGCAAUUGCAAACGAAUGCGUAUGAAGCAAAUGCCAGUACGGAUGCAAAAGACAAGCGCGCCUCUUCGCUCAUAAGACAAGCGACUUUCGAUCAGCCUGCACCUGCGCAAUAUCAGUAUCAACCACCCAAGCCAAGCGGUCCCUUCGGUCUUGAUCCAGAUGUUAUAUCGGAAAUCGAAAGAGGAUGGGUGCGCGUUGAUCAAAUGAAACCGGUGGAGGUGCCGCAAGUCGAUGUGUCACUCCUCUAUGAGCCCAUAAAAAUCAUACCGACACGUGAUAAUGUUAAAUACCCAGAGGAAAAAUUCGAACAACUAAUAUCCCGUUCACAUUAUAUGCAACAGGGUGUGCACAAUACACCACCGCCAUCAACGGGCAUAGCAGCGAGUGGUUCGCCAUACAUGAGCCCCUCACAGCAUAUACGCCAACAGCAGCAAUUGAAUGCGGCCGUUUACGGUAGUGGUGGUGGUGGCAUGGGUGGUGUUGGGGUUACCUGCGGAGGUAGCGGUACGAAUUUGCAUCAAGUCCCAAAUAUUGUAGACGUUUUACCGAAACAUGAUCCUCAAUUAAUCAAAAUGAUUAAGGCAAUAAGCAGCGUAGAUACCCUAAAGGCUCGCGCUGCCAUCAGUGAGCUCGCGGAAAUUAUCGAUUCACCCGAAAAACAGGCCGUACUUCGCGACUAUGAAGAGAUAUUCAUACAAAAUGUGCUGGCACAGUUUAAGAAUCUUUCACAAGUGCCGAUCACCGAAUCGUUAGUUGUUUACCAACCGCUUCUUUCCAUACUAUAUUCAUUUUUCCACUCCAAGACAUUGGGCAAAACGUUGAGCGUUGCCUGUAUUAAGAAUUUAAUGUCCGCUUUGCUGAAUCUAAUGGCAGAUCAGAAGUUAAAUACCGGCGAUGAUGGCCAAUACAAUAAGGUUAUCAAUGGCAUUUGUUUGAAAGUCUUGGACAAAGCAAAUUUCACGAAUUUAAAUUGUGCAUUAAUACGUCUCUUGCGUGAAACCUGUCCCGUAGCGGGCUUGCCCAAGUUUACAGAUUUAUUGAUGAAAUGUAUUUGGCGUAAUGUGAAAAUGUUGCCCGAACGUACCAAUGAACUCAACUAUGAUGCUGUCAUACUGGAAGUACAUGAAUUUAUGUUGGCCUUGCCGAGCAGUUGGUGGCAAACUCGACCAUCCGAUACGCCUUUACGUACGGUGAAGACGAUUAUACAUAAUAUGGCCAAAGUGAAAGGCAAUGCCAUAUUAAAUCAUCUCAAUCAGAUACCGACACAUUCAGAAUUGCACACUUAUUUGAUAAAAAUACUCAAGAAUUUGGCUAAAGAGGGUCACAUACCAAGCUCUUCGCCGCAACGUUCCAGUUCAGCUAAGGAUGUGCAUGGCAGACGCAUUUCCAAUCAAACGCAUGAGACAAUGUCACAUAUAUUUAAAUUAAUCUCAGAUAAGGAUACAAAGCAGCAAGGACUGUUAAAACUUUACGAGUUUAAGGUACAAAACUCUGACAUCGAUCUGUCAACGUUCCUUAAAGGCGCCAGUCCCAGUUUCCAGAAGUACAUUGAAGAUGGUUUGGCUGAUAUUGAACGCGCCGUGGCGCAAUCUGGCGGUAUGGGUGACGGUUUACAGCGUGCGCAAAAUGGUGAUAAUCGCGUAGUCUCAUCACGUUAUUCUUAUCUAACAGAUGCGAAUUUCCAACAUCAAACUACAUCUGGCAGCGGUGGUGGUGCCAGCAGCGGCACAGGCAGCGCCAAAACAGCCGAUCCAGAUUUUUGGAUGGAUCGAUUGAAUCACCUCAUUUCAAAGGCAAAUCUGAAUCGCAAUGCUGACGGCAUUAGUAGCGCACACGCCAUGCACAUGGACAAUAAGGUGGCGGAUGAGAAUUUGAAUUUGAAUUCAAUGAAUGCGCAACAGAAGAUGUCAUCGCUUAUACGAAGAGAUACGAAUAAACCUGAACUAUCGCCGAAUCGCCUGCAGCACUUACAAGCCAAACUGGCCGCGUUCAAGAAAGAGAAUCACGCAUAGGUAGAAGAAUAGUAGAAUAAGUAUGGCACCAAUAAGCAAAACUUAUGAAUAGAAACUCGUUUGCUUACAAAGCGAAAAAGGCGAUGUUAAACGACUGAUUGGAAUGUUUUGGUUGACGAAGCGGAAAUAGUACAUUUUUCUGAAGAUCGAAACAUAAAAUAAAAACACUAGGAGAUACAAAUGCUUUGUAGUAAUAUAGCUCGGUAAAAGUUAUAACCGAAUAGAGGAGGUAAAGCGUUCUUAAGUAAAUAAUACAAAGCAACAUACAUAAAAAAUGCAAGCACAUACCUACAAAAACAAAAAGAAAAAGAUUUACAUACAAGAGAGGAACAUUACAGGCAACUAAAGCGAUCACAGCAAAAUAAAGGAUUGCGCAAAAAUUUAAGCAAAAGAGAUGCAGUGGGCAUCUAACAAUUAACUAAUUAGCUAAAAAUCAGAGUACUAAUAUUAAAUGAAACUAUUUAAUCAUUAUUCUCAAUUAAUUGUAUUAUUACACAACUACCUAACAUAUAUACACACCAGCCCCAUUCCCGCAUACACUGGUAUUUACUAAUAAAGAAAAUUUUACUAUAUAUUCAUAAAUUAUUAUCAACAAACGAGAUAAAGAAGAAUAAAAAAUACAAACCCCUAAAUUAAAUGGAAACUGCAAAUAAAUAAACAAAAUGAGUUUGCAACUGGCAAGAUAUUCAAAAAAUAGAAAAAAUUUAAAUGAAUGCACGAACGUAUGUUUUCCGUUGAUAAAAAUUGGUCCGUGAGAGUAAAUAUUAAUUCAAUAAGAAUACAAAAGCAGAAAGAAACGAAAAUAUGUUGAAUUUACGUAUACAUUAACUAAAUGAAAAGGAAACAGAGAAACAAGGGAAAGCAUUCGGCGUGUGUAUAAAUAAUUUGCAGUACUGACGGUGGUUUUCUGCUCGGAAUGAUGGUAUUUAAUUUACGUUAGUAAUUUAUAUUAUAUAGUGUAAGGUUAUCAAAGUUUACGAUGGAGAGCAAUAAAAGCAUACUCUUAACUCAUUUAAUAAGAAACUAUCAAAUGGAGCAUAGUUGUAAUGGUAGUCUGCAGGCGUUGUGUUUAUUUUGUUUUUUA